AUGGCGCACAGCUGUCGGUGGCGCUUCCCCGCCCGGCCCGGGACCACCGGGGGCGGUGGCGGCGGGGGGCGCCGGGGCCUAGGGGGCGCCCCGCGGCAACGAGUCCCGGCCCUGCUGCUUCCCCCCGGGCCUCCGGCCGGCACUGGCGGCCCCGGGGCGCCCCCCUCCCCCCCGGCUGUGGCGGCCGCGGCGGCGGCGGCGGCGGCGGCGGCGGCAGCGGCGGCGGCGGGAAGCAGCGGGGCCGGGGUUCCAGGGGGAGCGGCCGCCGCCUCAGCAGCCUCCUCGUCGUCCGCCUCGUCCUCGUCUUCGUCAUCGUCCUCUGCCUCUUCGGGGCCGGCCCUGCUCCGGGUGGGCCCGGGCUUCGACGCGGCGCUGCAGGUCUCGGCCGCCAUCGGCACCAACCUGCGCCGGUUCCGGGCCGUGUUCGGGGAGAGCGGCGGGGGAGGCGGCAGCGGAGAGGAUGAGCAGUUCUUAGGUUUUGGCUCAGAUGAAGAAGUCAGAGUGCGAAGCCCCACAAGGUCUCCUUCAGUUAAAACUAGCCCUCGAAAACCUCGUGGGAGACCUAGAAGUGGCUCUGAUCGAAAUUCAGCUAUCCUCUCAGACCCAGCAGUUUUUUCCCCUCUAAAUAAAUCAGAGAGCAAGUCUGGAGAUAAGAUCAAGAAGAAAGAUUCUAAAAGUAUAGAAAAGAAGAGAGGAAGACCUCCCACCUUCCCUGGAGUAAAAAUAAAAAUUACACAUGGAAAGGACAUUUCAGAGUUACCAAAAGGAAGCAAAGAAGAUAGUUUGAAAAAAAUUCAACGGACCCCUUCUGCUAUGUUCCAGCAAGCUACAAAGAUUAAAAAAUUAAGAGCAGGUAAACUCUCUCCUCUGAAGUCUAAGUUUAAGACAGGGAAGCUUCAAAUAGGAAGGAAAGGGGUACAGAUGGUAAGACGGCGAGGAAGGCCGCCAUCAGCAGAACGGAUAAAGACUCCUUCAGGUCUCCUUAUUAAUUCUGAGCUGGAAAAGCCCCAGAAGGUCCGGAAAGACAAGGAAGGAACACCCCCACUCACGAAAGAAGAUGAGACAGUUGUCAGACAGAGCCCUCGAAGGGUUAAGCCAGUCAGGAUCAUUCCUUCUUCGAAAAGGACAGAUGCAACAAUUGCCAAGCAGCUCUUGCAGAGAGCAAAAAAGGGGGCUCAAAAGAAAAUUGAAAAAGAGGCAGCUCAACUCCAAGGAAGAAAGGUGAAGACACAGGUGAAAAAUAUCCGACAGUUCAUCAUGCCUGUUGUCAGUGCCAUCUCCUCACGAAUCAUUAAAACCCCUCGGCGCUUUAUAGAGGAUGAGGAUUAUGACCCUCCAAUUAAAAUUGCACGACUAGAGUCUACGCCCAACAGUAGAUUCAGUGCGACAUCCUGUGGAUCUUCUGAAAAGUCAAGUGCAGCUUCCCAACACUCCUCUCAGAUGUCCUCAGACUCCUCCCGAUCUAGUAGUCCCAGUAUCGAUACCACCUCAGAUUCUCAGGCCUCUGAGGAGAUUCAGGCUCUUCCUGAAGAACGGAGUAACACCCCUGAAGUUCAUACUCCACUGCCUAUUUCCCAGUCCCCAGAAAACGAGAGUAAUGACAGGAGAAGCAGAAGGUACUCGGUGUCAGAGAGGAGCUUUGGAUCCAGGACAACUAAAAAAUUGUCAACUCUGCAAAGUGCCCCUCAGCAGCAGACUUCUUCCUCCCCACCUCCACCUCUCCUUACGCCUCCCCCUCCUCUCCAGCCAGCCUCCAGUAUCUCUGACCACACACCCUGGCUUAUGCCUCCGACUAUCCCCUUAGCAUCGCCAUUUUUGCCUGCUUCUGCUGCUCCCAUGCAAGGGAAGCGAAAAUCUAUUUUGCGAGAGCCGACGUUCAGGUGGACUUCUAUAAAGCAUUCUAGGUCAGAGCCACAAUACUUUUCCUCAGCAAAGUAUGCCAAAGAAGGUCUGAUUCGCAAACCAAUAUUUGAUAAUUUCCGACCCCCUCCACUCACUCCUGAGGAUGUUGGUUUUGCCUCCGGCUUUUCUUCAUCUGGUACUGCUGCUUCAGCCCGCUUGUUCUCACCACUCCAUUCUGGAACAAGGUUUGAUAUGCACAAAAGGAGUCCCCUGUUGAGAGCUCCAAGAUUUACUCCAAGUGAGGCACACUCUAGAAUAUUUGAAUCUGUAACCUUGCCUAGUAAUCGAACUUCUGCUGGGGCAUCCUCUUCAGGAGUGGCUAAUAGAAAAAGGAAAAGAAAAGUGUUUAGUCCCAUUCGAUCUGAGCCAAGAUCGCCUUCUCACUCCAUGAGGACAAGAAGUGGAAGGCUUAGUACUUCUGAGCUGUCACCUCUCACUCCCCCAUCUUCUGUCUCUUCCUCAUUAAGCAUUUCUGUUAGUCCUCUCGCCACUAGUGCCUUAAACCCAACUUUUACUUUUCCUUCUCAUUCCCUAACUCAGUCUGGGGAAUCUUCAGAGAAAAAUCAGAGACCAAGGAAGCAGACUAGUGCUCCAGCAGAGCCAUUUUCAUCAAGUAGUCCUACUCCUCUCUUCCCUUGGUUCACCCCAGGCUCUCAGACUGAGAGGGUGAGAAAUAAAGACAAGGCCCCCGAGGAGCUGUCCAAAGAUCGAGAUGCUGACAAGAGCGUGGAGAAAGACAAGAGUAGAGAGAGAGACCGGGAGAGAGAAAAGGAGAAUAAGCGGGAGUCAAGGAAGGAAAAAAGGAAAAAGGGAGCAGAAAUUCAGAGUAGUUCUGCUUUGUAUCCUGUGGGUAGGGUUUCCAAAGAGAAGGUUGUUGGUGAAGAUGUUGCCACUUCAUCUUCUGCCAAAAAAUCAACAGGGCGGAAGAAGUCUUCAUCACUUGAUUCUGGGACUGAUACUGCUUCUGUGACUCUUGGGGAUGCAACAGCUGUCAAAACCAAAAUACUUAUAAAGAAAGGGAGAGGAAACCUGGAAAAAAACAACCUGGACCUCGGCCCAACUGCCCCAUCCCUGGAGAAGGAGAAAACCCUCUGCCUUUCCACUCCUUCAUCUAGCACUGUUAAACAUUCCACUUCCUCCAUAGGCUCCAUGUUGGCUCAGGCAGACAAGCUUCCAAUGACUGACAAGAGGGUUGCCAGCCUCCUAAAAAAGGCCAAAGCCCAGCUCUGCAAGAUUGAGAAGAGUAAGAGUCUUAAACAAGCUGACCAGCCCAAAGCACAGGGUCAAGAAAGUGAUUCAUCUGAGACCUCUGUGCGAGGACCCCGGAUUAAACAUGUCUGCAGAAGAGCUGCUGUUGCCCUUGGCCGAAAACGAGCUGUAUUUCCUGAUGACAUGCCCACCUUGAGUGCCUUACCAUGGGAAGAACGAGAAAAGAUUUUGUCUUCCAUGGGGAAUGAUGACAAGUCAUCAAUUGCUGGCUCAGAAGAUGCUGAACCUCUUGCUCCACCCAUCAAACCCAUUAAACCUGUCACCAGAAAUAAGGCACCUCAGGAACCUCCAGUAAAGAAAGGACGCCGAUCAAGGCGUUGUGGGCAAUGCCCUGGCUGCCAGGUGCCUGAGGACUGUGGUGUUUGCACUAAUUGCUUAGACAAGCCCAAAUUUGGUGGCCGCAACAUCAAGAAACAGUGCUGCAAGAUGAGAAAAUGCCAGAAUUUACAAUGGAUGCCUUCCAAAGCCUACCUUCAGAAACAAGCUAAAGCUGUGAAAAAGAAAGAGAAAAAGUCUAAGACCAGUGAAAAGAAAGAGAACAAAGAAAGCACUGUUGUGAAGAAUGUGGUAGACUCUAGUCAGAAACCUGCCUCUUCAGCACGGGAGGAUCCUGUCCCAAAGAAGAAUAGCAGUGAGCCUGCACCCCGGAAGCCAGUGGAGGAAAAGAGUGAAGAAGGGGGCAACAUGUCUGUCCCUGCACCUGAACCCAAACAAGCCACCACUCCAGCUUCCAGGAAGUCCAGCAAGCAGGCCUCCCAGCCAGCACCGGUCAUCCCCCCUCAGCCACCUAGCACAGCACCAACAAGGAAAGAAGUUCCUAAGUCCACUCCAGGUGAACCCAAGAAAAAGCAGCCUCCACCACCAGAAUCAGGUCCUGAGCAAAGCAAGCAGAAAAAAGUGGCUCCCCGCCCAAGUAUCCCUGUAAAACCAAAACCAAAAGAAAAGGAGAAACCACCUCCAGUCAGUAAGCAAGAGAACGCAGGCACUUUGAACAUUCUCAGCACUCUGUCCAAUGGCAAUAGUUCUAAGCAGAAAAUCCCAGCGGAUGGAGUCCACAGGAUCAGAGUGGACUUUAAGGAAGAUUGUGAAGCAGAAAAUGUGUGGGAGAUGGGAGGCUUAGGAAUCUUGACCUCUAUUCCUAUAACACCCAGAGUAGUUUGCUUUCUCUGUGCCAGCAGUGGGCAUGUAGAGUUUGUGUAUUGCCAAGUGUGUUGUGAACCCUUCCACAAGUUUUGUUUAGAGGAGAAUGAGCGCCCUCUGGAGGACCAGCUGGAAAAUUGGUGUUGUCGUCGCUGCAAAUUCUGUCAUGUUUGUGGAAGGCAGCAUCAGGCUACAAAGCAGUUGCUGGAGUGUAAUAAGUGCCGAAACAGCUAUCACCCUGAGUGCCUGGGACCAAACUACCCCACCAAACCCACAAAGAAAAAGAAAGUUUGGAUCUGUACCAAGUGUGUUCGCUGCAAGAGCUGUGGAUCCACAACUCCAGGCAAAGGGUGGGAUGCACAGUGGUCUCAUGAUUUUUCACUGUGCCAUGAUUGUGCCAAACUCUUUGCUAAAGGAAACUUCUGCCCUCUCUGUGACAAAUGUUAUGACGAUGAUGACUAUGAGAGCAAGAUGAUGCAGUGUGGGAAAUGUGAUCGCUGGGUCCAUUCCAAAUGUGAGAAUCUUUCAGGUACAGAAGAUGAAAUGUAUGAGAUUCUAUCUAAUCUGCCAGAAAGUGUGGCCUACACUUGCGUGAACUGUACUGACCGCCACCCUGCAGAGUGGCGACUGGCCCUUGAGAAAGAACUACAGAGUUCUCUGAAGCAAGUUCUGACAGCCUUGUUGAAUUCUCGGACUACCAGUCACUUGCUGCGCUACCGUCAGGCUGCCAAGCCUCCAGACUUAAACCCUGAGACAGAGGAGAGCAUACCUUCCCGGAGCUCCCCAGAAGGACCUGAUCCUCCAAUUCUUACUGAGGUCAGCAAGCAGGAUGACCAACAGCCUUUAGAUCUGGAAGGAGUCAAGAGGAAAAUGGACCAGGGGAAUUACCUAUCUGUGUUGGAGUUCAGUGAUGAUAUUGUGAAGAUCAUUCAAGCAGCCAUUAAUUCAGAUGGAGGGCAGCCAGAGAUUAAAAAAGCCAAUAGCAUGGUCAAGUCCUUCUUUAUUCGGCAAAUGGAACGAGUUUUUCCAUGGUUCAGUGUCAAGAAGUCUCGGUUUUGGGAGCCGAAUAAAGUAUCAAGCAACAGUGGGAUGUUACCAAACGCAGUGCUUCCACCUUCACUUGACCAUAAUUAUGCUCAGUGGCAGGAGCGAGAGGAAAACAGUCAUACUGAGCAGCCUCCUUUAAUGAAGAAAAUUAUUCCAGCUCCCAAACCCAAAGGGCCUGGAGAACCAGACUCACCGACUCCUCUGCAUCCUCCUACACCACCAAUCUUGAGUACUGAUAGGAGUCGAGAAGACAGUCCAGAGCUGAACCCACCCCCAGGCAUAGAAGAUAAUAGACAGUGUGCAUUAUGUUUGAUGUAUGGGGAUGACAGUGCUAAUGAUGCUGGUCGCUUAUUGUACAUUGGUCAAAAUGAGUGGACGCACGUAAAUUGUGCUUUGUGGUCAGCAGAAGUGUUUGAAGAUGAUGAUGGAUCACUAAAGAACGUGCAUAUGGCUGUGAUCAGGGGCAAGCAGUUGAGAUGUGAAUUCUGCCAAAAGCCAGGAGCCACUGUGGGUUGCUGCCUCACAUCCUGUACCAGUAACUAUCAUUUCAUGUGUUCCCGGGCCAAGAACUGUGUCUUUCUGGAUGAUAAAAAAGUGUAUUGCCAACGACAUCGGGAUUUGAUCAAAGGCGAAGUGGUUCCUGAGAAUGGAUUUGAAGUUUUUAGAAGAGUGUUUGUAGACUUUGAAGGAAUCAGCUUGAGAAGGAAGUUCCUCAAUGGCUUGGAACCAGAAAAUAUUCACAUGAUGAUUGGAUCCAUGACAAUCGACUGCUUAGGGAUUCUGAAUGAUCUUUCUGACUGUGAAGAUAAGCUCUUUCCUAUUGGAUAUCAGUGUUCCAGGGUAUACUGGAGCACCACAGAUGCACGCAAGCGUUGUGUGUACACAUGCAAGAUAGUGGAGUGCCGUCCUCCAGUUGUAGAGCCAGAUAUCAACAGCACUGUGGAACACGAUGAAAAUAGGACCAUCGCCCAUAGUCCAUCAUCAUUUGCAGAGAGUUUAUCUAAAGAAAGUCAAAAUACAACUACAAUCCUAAGUCCUCCAUCGCCAGACCGACCUCCCCAUGCACAGACCUCAAGCUCCUGUUACUAUCAUGUCAUCUCAAAGGUCCCUAGGAUUCGAACCCCCAGCUACCCUCCUACCCAGCGAUCUCCUGGCUGUCGGCCAUUGCCUUCUGCAGGUAGCCCUACCCCAACCACUCAUGAAAUAGUCACAGUGGGUGAUCCUUUACUCUCCUCUGGACUACGAAGCAUUGGCUCCAGGCGUCAUAGUACUUCUUCCUUGUCACCUUUGCGGUCCAAGCUCCGCAUAAUGUCUCCAAUGAGAACUGGGACUGUUUGCUCUAGGAAUAAUGUUUCCUCAGUCUCUUCCCUUGGGACCCCCACAGAUCCUGAGUCAAAUGCCAAAGCAAUUGAUCAUGCCUUGGGGCUAUUGAAUUCAAGUGCAAAUCUGGGGCACAGCACUCCCACCUCUUCAGGUUUACAAAGGACAGUGGUCACUGUAGGCUCCAAAACCAGUCACUUGGAUGGAGCUUCAUCUUCAGAAACAAAGCACCCUAGUGCUGCAGACUCGGCAUCUAAGAGCUCCUCUUUGAAGGGAGAGAAGACCAAAAUGCUGACUUCCAAGAGUUCAGAGGGGUCCUCACAUAACAUGGUUUAUCCCGGAAUUCCUAAACUGGCAACACAGGUACACAACACAACCUCUGGAGAAUUAAAUAUUAGUAAAAUUGGCACAUUUCCUGAAUCCUCCCCAGUGCCAUUUUCUUCUAAAGAGGCCCUCUCCUUUCCACAGCUCCAUUUGAGAGGGCAAAGGAAUGAUCGAGACCAACACACAGAUUCUACCCAAACAGCACACCCCUCUCCAGAUGAAGGUACUGAAGUGAAAACCUUGAAGCUUCCUGGAGGAAACAGUCGAUCAUCCAUUAGUGAGCACAUGGGGUCUAGCUCUAGAGACAAGAGACAGAAAGGGAAAAAAUCUUCGAAAGAAACUUUCAAAGAAAAACAUUCCAGUAAAUCGUUUCUGGAACCUGGUCAGGUAACAACUGGUGAAGAAGGAAGACUAAAGCCAGAGUUUGUUGAUGAUGUUUUGACUCCUGGGUUUUUGGGGCAACGGCCAUGUAAUAAUAAUGUUUCUUCUGAUAAAAUUGGGGAUAAAAUCCUUUCUAUUUCAGGAGUCCCCAAAGCUCCACCCAUGCAAUUAGAAGGAACUUCCAAGGAAUUGCAGGCACCCCGGAAAUGCUCAGUUAAAGUAACACCUCUAAAAAUGGAAAGUGAGAGUCAGUCCAAAAACACUCUAAAAGAAAGUGGUCCUGACUCUCCUGUACAAGCAGAGUCAGCAUCUCCCGCUGAACCAGCUUCAGCCUCCAGAAGCCCGGGAGAUGGACCAGUGGUUCAACCAAGCCCCAACAAUACCUCAUCCCAGGAUUCUCAAAGUAACAGCUAUCAGAAUCUUCCAGAUCAGGACAGAAACCUGAUGCUUCCAGAUGGCCCCAAACCUCAGGAGGAUGGCUCUUUUAAGAGGAGAUAUCCCCGUCGGAGUGCCCGUGCACGCUCUAACAUGUUCUUCGGGCUCACCCCACUCUAUGGAGUCAGGUCCUAUGGUGAACAAGACAUUCCGUUCUACAGCAGCUCCACUGGGAAGAAGCGCGGCAAGAGGUCAGCAGAAGGACAGGUGGACGGAGCUGAUGACUUGAGCACUUCAGAUGAAGAUGACUUGUAUUAUUACAACUUUAGUAGGACAGUCAUUUCUUCAAGUGCAGAGGAGCGCCUGGCAUCUCACAACUUGUUUCGGGAGGAGGAACAGUGUGAUCUUCCAAAAAUUUCGCAGUUGGAUGGUGUUGAUGAUGGGACAGAGAGUGAUACUAGUGUCACAGCCACAACCCGGAAAAGUAGCCAGAUUCCAAAAAGAAGUAGCAAAGAAAAUGGCACAGAAAACUUAAAGAUUGAUCGACCUGAAGAUGCCGGAGAAAAAGAACAUGUCAUUAAAAGUUCUGUUGGUCACAAAAAUGAGCCAAAACUGGACAACUGCCAUUCUGUAAGCAGGGUAAAAACACAGGGACAGGAUUCCUUGGAAGCUCAGCUCAGCUCCUUGGAGUCAAGCCGCAGAGUCCACACAAGUACCCCUUCAGAUAAAAACUUACUAGACACCUACAAUACGGAACUCCUGAAAUCAGAUUCUGACAAUAACAAUAGUGAUGACUGUGGGAAUAUCUUGCCUUCCGACAUUAUGGACUUUGUACUAAAGAAUACUCCAUCUAUGCAGGCUUUGGGUGAGAGCCCAGAGUCGUCGUCCUCAGAACUCCUGAAUCUUGGGGAAGGACUGGGUCUUGAUAGCAAUCGUGAAAAAGACAUGGGCCUUUUUGAAGUGUUUUCUCAGCAGCUGCCAACAACAGAACCCGUGGACAGUAGUGUCUCUUCCUCUAUCUCAGCAGAGGAGCAGUUUGAGUUGCCUCUAGAGCUUCCAUCUGAUCUCUCUGUCUUGACCACCCGCAGCCCCACUGUCCCUAGCCAGAAUCCCAGCAGACUGGCUGUAAUCUCAGAUUCAGGGGAGAAGCGAGUAACCAUCACAGAAAAAUCUGUAGCUGCUACUGAAGGUGACCCAGCCCUGCUGAGUCCAGGAGUAGAUCCUACUCCUGAAGGCCACAUAACUCCUGAUCACUUUAUCCAAGGGCACAUGGAUGCGGAUCAUAUCUCCAGCCCUCCUUGUGGCUCAGUGGAGCAAGGUCAUGGCAACAAUCAGGAUUUAACUCGAAACAGUAGCACCCCAGGCCUUCAGGUACCUGUUUCCCCUACUGUUCCCAUCCAGAACCAGAAGUAUGUGUCCAAUUCUACUGAUAGCCCUGGCCCAUCUCAGAUUUCUAAUGCAGCUGUCCAGACCACUCCACCCCACCUGAAACCAGCCACUGAGAAACUCAUUGUUGUGAACCAGAACAUGCAGCCACUGUAUGUUCUCCAAACUCUUCCAAAUGGAGUGACCCAAAAAAUCCAGUUGACCUCUCCUGUUAGUUCUUCACCCAGUGUGAUGGAGACAAAUCCUUCAGUAUUAGGGCCCAUGAGGAGUGGCCUUACCCUAGCCACAGGACUAAAUCCAAGCUUGCCAGCAUCUCAAUCCCUGUUCCCUCCUGCUAGCAAAGGGUUGCUCUCCAUGCCUCAUCACCAGCACUUACAUUCCUUCCCUGCAGCUACUCAGAGUAGCUUCCCAUCCAACAUCAGCAGUCCUCCUUCAGGCCUACUUAUUGGGGUUCAGCCUCCAGAUCCCCAGCUUUUGGGUUCAGAAGCCAGUCAGAGGACAGACCUCAGUACUGCAGUAACCCCUCCAUCCUCUGGACUCAAGAAAAGACCCAUAUCUCGUCUACAUUCUCGAAAGAAUAAAAAACUUGCUCCCUCUAGUACCCCUUCAAACAUUGCCCCUUCAGAUGUGGUUUCUAAUAUGACCUUGAUUAAUUUCACACCCUCCCAGCUCUCAAAUCAUCCCAAUCUGUUAGAUUUGGGGUCACUUAAUGCAUCAUCUCACCGAACUGUCCCCAACAUCAUAAAAAGAUCUAAAUCUGGCAUCAUGUAUUUUGAACAGGCACCCCUGUUACCGCAGAGUGUGGGUGGAACUGCUGCCACAGCGGCGGCCACGUCACUAAGCCAGGAUACUAGCCACCUCCCAUCAGGGCCCGUGUCUGGCUUAGCAUCCAGUUCCUCUGUCUUGAAUGUAGUAUCCAUGCAAACUACAACAGCCCCUACGAGUAGCACGUCAGUUCCAGGACAUGUAACUUUAACAAACCCAAGGUUGCUUGGGACCCCAGAUAUUGGCUCAAUAAGCAACCUUCUAAUCAAAGCCAGCCAGCAGAGCCUGGGCAUUCAGGACCAGCCUGUGGCUUUACCACCAAGUUCGGGGAUUUUCCCACAACUGGGAACAUCACAGACUUCUGCUGCUGUUGCAAUGACAGCAGCAUCUAGCAUCUGUGUGCUCCCCUCUUCUCAGACAGCUAGCAUGACUGCUGCAUCGCCUGGGGAAGCAGAAGAGCACUAUAAGUUGCAACACGUGAACCAGAUCCUUGCUGGCAAAACGGGGGUCCUGUCUUCACAGCGGGAUCUUGACUCUGCUUCGGGGACCCAGACAUCGAACUUCACUCAGACAGCAGAAGCUCCUAAUAGUGUGGGCCUAGAGCAGAACAAGGCUUUACCCUCAGCUGUGCCAGCCAGCUCAGCCUCUCCAGGGAGCUCUCCAUCCUCUGGACAUCAGUCAACUAGCUCCUCAGUGCCAGCGUCCACUAAACUCAAACCCAAAAUCAAACGGAUUCAGCUGCCUCUAGACAAAGGGAAUGGUAAGAAGCACAAGGGUUCCCAUUUACGGACCAGUUCUUCUGAAGCACACAUUCCAGACCAAGAAGCCGACACGGCAUCCCAGCCCUCAGACGCAGGGACUCCGGCAGCAGAGACUGAGCAGCACAACCCAGCUAAUGUGGAUCAGCCUCCACAGCAGGAGUGUGGGCAGCCUGCAGGACAAGUGGCUACACUUCCAGAGGUUCAGGCAACACAGAAUCCAGUCAAUGAGCAAGAAAAUUCAGAACCGAAAGCAGUGGAAGAAGAAGAAAGUAAUUUCAGCUCUCCACUGAUGCUUUGGCUCCAGCAAGAACAAAAGCGGAAAGAAAGCAUUGCUGAGAAAAAGCCCAAGAAAGGACUUGUUUUUGAAAUUUCAAGCGAUGAUGGUUUUCAGAUCUGUGCAGAAAGUAUUGAAGAUGCCUGGAAGUCAUUGACAGAUAAAGUCCAGGAAGCCCGAUCAAAUGCCCGUCUGAAGCAGCUCUCGUUUGCAGGUGUUAAUGGUUUGAGGAUGCUAGGAAUUCUCCAUGAUGCUGUUGUGUUCCUGAUUGAGCAGCUAUCUGGUGCCAAGCACUGUCGGAAUUACAAAUUCCGUUUCCACAAACCCGAGGAGGCCAAUGAACCCCCCUUGAACCCUCACGGCUCAGCCAGGGCUGAAGUCCACUUGAGGAAGUCAGCAUUUGACAUGUUUAACUUCCUAGCUUCUAAACAUCGACAGCCUCCUGAAUACAAUCCCAAUGAUGAGGAAGAGGAAGAGGUACAGCUGAAGUCUGCUCGAAGGGCGACUAGCAUGGAUCUGCCAAUGCCCAUGCGUUUCCGGCACCUAAAGAAGACUUCUAAGGAGGCGGUUGGUGUCUACAGGUCUCCCAUCCAUGGUCGAGGUCUUUUCUGUAAGAGAAACAUCGAUGCAGGUGAAAUGGUGAUUGAGUAUGCCGGCAACGUUAUUCGAUCCAUCCAGACUGACAAGCGGGAAAAGUACUAUGACAGUAAAGGUAUUGGUUGCUACAUGUUCCGAAUUGAUGACUCAGAGGUAGUAGAUGCUACCAUGCAUGGCAAUGCUGCACGCUUCAUCAAUCACUCGUGUGAGCCCAACUGCUACUCUCGGGUCAUCAACAUUGAUGGGCAGAAGCACAUUGUCAUCUUUGCCAUGCGCAAGAUCUACCGAGGAGAGGAACUCACCUAUGACUAUAAGUUUCCCAUUGAGGACGCCAGCAACAAGCUGCCUUGUAACUGUGGCGCCAAGAAAUGCCGGAAGUUCCUGAACUAAAGCUGCUCAUCUUCCCCUGUGUUGAAGUACCAGGACCUAGGACUAGCCAAAGCAGUGCUGAAGACCUCCCAGCAGCUAGAGCUCCAGCAUUGAGCAGGCAGUUGAGGGUCCUCUGUGAUGGCUUAGCACCCUAGUGUCCCACAUUCAUAUCAUACAUGUGAUCGUAGUCGGAGAGAGACAAGUCUAAAGAAAAAACCCAUGAUUGGCUUUCUCCUGGGCCUCUCUGAGUGUUGUUAAAACAUGGAAAAUGGGUUCCUGGGAGAUUUGUCUGGAAGGAGGUUGCUUACAUUGGGAGAUAGGGCCUGAGCAUGUCCUCAGAGAGCAGUUGUCAUCCUCACCUCAGUCCUCUCCCAAGCCCUAAAAAUGAGGGGUCAGAGAAGACCCUAGAUAUGGGCUAGUUGGAUACUUGGCUAGUUUGCCAGCCAGGCCUCACCUAUGGCAUCUGUUGAACAAACAGAGGUCUGGUGAUUUUCCCCUACUAUCCUCCCACUUAAGAGUUCACUUCCAGUUGGGCAACAGGUUUCCUAGCACCUCUGUGUCGAAAGGCUGUCUUGGGGAUUGUGCCAAUUAAUUACCAAACAUUGAGCCUAUGGCUGUAAGUGGGAGUGUUACCCUGUGAGCCUUAUUGCAGCCAGUUACCUUUCUUGAUAAUAGGAGCGGUUUCCCUCUUUUUCCUUUCCCUUGUCCUGCAUCCCACUGCUUUCCCAUUUUUCUUUCUGGGUGGUAGGGGAGCUUGCUUCUCCACUCAAGGACACUCCCUAUUGGUCAUAGGAUGUGCCUAUAAAAAGUCCCCUGAACCUGUAAGUACUCCAGGUGGGGAAGUGGUCAGGAGCCAUUGGCCAUAACCAGACAGAAUUUGGAGAUUCCAUAAAGCUCUGUUGAGAGUUUUAAAGAAAUAGAUGUAGCAUGAUUAUUUUUAGAAGCGCCUAAAAAUUGUUUAAGUAGGACUUGAGUCAUACAACAACCAGAAUAACCCUUGGACCCCAUUCCUAAGACAUGGUUACUUUAUUUUCCCUUUGUUAAGGCAUAGGAAGAUGUAAUUUUUAAAUGGUCAGUGUCCAGUUGAAGGCAGAACACUAAUCAGAUUUCAAGGCCCAAAACUGGGAGACUAGACCACUUGUGUUGAGGGACCUCUGCCACCUAUGCGCAAUCCACGGCUGAAGCAGAUGAAAUGACACUACUGCCCAGGUGACUCCUUAGGACGCGGUCAAACAGCAUCAGAUGUUUCUUUCUUCCCCCGAGACAGUGUCUUGAGCCUGUUAUAUUAAGUCAUUGGAUUUUACUCUGUUCUGUUUACAGUUUACUAUUUAAGGUUUUAUAAAUGUAAAUAUAUUUUGUAUAUUUUUCUAUGAGAAGCACUUCAUAGGGAGAAGCACUUAUGACAAGGCUAUUUUUUAAACUGCGGUAUUAUCCUAAUUUAAAAGAAGAUCGGUUUUUAAUAAUUUUUUAUUUUCAUAGGAUGAAGUUAGAGAAAAUAUUCAGCUGUUCACACAAAGUCUGGUUUUUUUCCUGCCCAAUUUCCCCCUGAAAGGUGUACUUUUUGUUGUUUCCUAUGUAGCUUGUUUGUGCCCUGUUGACAUAGAUGUUUCCUGGGUCUGCCCUUUACAGUAAUGGAGAAGGAAGAUCACCUGGCUCCUUCCCCAUGGAAGCUCCACAAAAGGCUACAGUAGCACCUUGACACGCCAGUUUCUUCUCUUUUCCGCACGGGCCCUUUCCCUCUGGAACUCGUUCCAGAGCAGUGAGCCGUGGCACUCUUAUGUUCCCUUGCCUUCCUCUUCACAGUUAGCAACAAGUUCAGUGGUAACUUGACAGUUUCCAUCACCAUCUGCCUCAUAGGUCCCUUCCUUUCCUUUCCCUCUGCCCACCAAGUCCUCAUACCUGCAGAGAACCCACUGACCACCUCGUGCCCUCUUCGAGGGCAGCCUCUCGAAACUGAAGCACAGUCUGACCACUCACGAUCAAGCAGAUCUCUGCGCCGGCCACGAGGUUUCAGAGUAGUGUAGUCCAAGUAGAGGGUCGGGCGCCCUUCUCUCGCCACACAAGCCCAUUCCUUUGGAAGUCUAGCAAAGCAAUACAACACAGCCCAGCACUCUCUGCCCCAGGACUCAUGGCUCUGCUAUGCCUUCCAUCUUGGGCUCCCUUUUCUUCUGUGACCUUAAGAACUUUGUCUGGUGGCUUUGCUGGAACAUUGUCACUGUUUCCACUGUCAUGCAGGGAGCCCAGCACUGUGGCCAGAAUGGCAGAGACUUCCUCGUCAUCAUGGAGAAGUGCCAGCAGGGGACUGGGGAAAGCACUCUACCCAGACCUCACCUCCCAUUCUCCUUUUGCCCAUGAACAAGAUGCAGUGGCCCAAGGGGUUCCACUAGUGUCUGGUUUCCUUUCUUAUUGCACUGUGUGAGGUUUUUUUGUAAAUCCUUGUAUUCCUAUUUUUUUUAUGAAAAAAAAAAAACUUAAGCUGCAUUUGUUACUGAAAUGAUUAAUGCACUGAUGGGUCACGAAUUCACCUUGAGAGAGACCCAAAGGCCAGUCAGAGGGUGGGGGAAACUCAGCUGAAUAGACCUAGUUACUGCCCUGCUAGGCCAUGCUGUACUGUGAGCCCCCUCCUCAACCUCUUUCUAUAACCCCAAACCCUGAGGACAGGGGAGGAUCCCACCUUUCCUUCUCCUGCCAGCUGCAGAUGGUUUGCCUUGCCUUUCCACCCUAACUGUUAACCAUAGAAAUGAGAAACCCCCCCUUUCAGCUCAGACUUGAGUCCAUUGCCAAAAUUCAGCAUACCUGCCAGCAACUUGGGGGAUAAGUCAGGGUCUCCCUGCAAAAUGGAAAGAAGGCAAAAAAUGGCGUAGCUGUCUCCAAAACAUGUCUGACUUCAUUUUGAAAGUGAUCAAGAGAACUCUGCACAAAAGUGCAGGCUGAGGAAUUAUGGUGGGUCAUUCCCAAGAAUCCCCCAAGGGGCAUCCCAAAUCCCAAGGAGUGACAGCUGCAAACCUUGUCAGUUCUCGGUGAGAGCCAGCUCACUUACCGCUUUGCUGCUAGAACCUGUUGUGGCUGCAUUUCCUGGUGGCCAGUCACAACUGUAUAACCAGAAUUAGCUGCAUGGCGCUGACAUUUAGGCCGGAACCUGGUCCCUGGGCUCCCUCCAUUGCUGCCCACCGUGUCCAGCACAAUCCCUCGUCUCUUCUUAGACUGAUAACAAUUAAGAGGGAAGCCCUGGCAGCUCUUGUUUUCAACUCCUCUGCCAGGACCCAGCCCACCAUCCUAUCCUGUUCACCUUUGUCAAACCCCGGCCAACCCAGUGAGCACCAUGCAGCAAUCUUGAUUAAAAAAAAAAGAAAAAUUUUAAAAAAAAAUUAAAAAUGCAACAUAAAAACAAAAAAAAUUAA